GUUGUUCCUGCGGGUUCGAGUGCAUAAUUCGUCUGCUCGGAUGCCUUAAAUCAAUUUCUAUCUUUCGCUGCAGCACCGCUGCAACACCGCUGCUGUCAGGCCAUCCCUCUGCUUACUUCAUUCCUCUUUGGGCCGCCCACUUGCACUAUGCGGGGUAGCAUGCGCCGCAGUAAACACUCGUUAUGUCAUAGCUUCCGCGCAGCUGACUAAGACCCCACUCUUGCGCACUGUAGCGGAAAAGCGGGGUAUUUCCGCGCUCUGACCUGCGCUCUGAGCUCACGCGGUGCUGGCGUCAUACAGGCGAUGAGCAAUUCGUUGCUCUUCGUCAGUGGUGCGCUGAGCAGCAGUGUCAUGUAUCAGCCUCCUCCCCCUCUACUCCUUCCGUCUCGUGAUGUCGCAGUCCAGCAAGCGGCAGUCCAGUCCCGCGUCGGCCUCCCCCGACUCCUCCUCCGCCGCCAGUGCGCGCAAGAGGCAGAGGAAAAACUCCACAAGGGCGUGCGACAUCUGUAAAACUCGAAAGAGCCGCUGCGACGGAACCCUUCCUUGCGCGCGAUGCACAAAGUUCAACUCGAAAUGUACCUACGACCUGAAGUAUACUCGCGGCACCUAUGUCAUGCCAAUGAAAUCCUCCGCCGUCCAGACUGACCCCAUCUCGUCACCGACUCGGCAUCAUACAACCACAGUCGAUCACAAAGCCAGAAGCAACGACGACAUCAGCAGGAUUGACAAGUCCUUGCAAGACUCCAGUGCUGCGUCUGAAACACCAAAGUCGAGCGCAGGGGAUGAGUAUCUAAGCGAGUCCUCUAGACUGCUGUCCGCGCCGAUCGAAGGAGGUCCCGUUGACCCGCUAGAAGUUGCUCGUGAAAAAGCGGAGAUACGGAAAUUACUCUUCCAUGGCACAAUGCAGUCAAAUAUUCCGGUCGACCAUCCUGGGAAAAAUAAUUCCGGCAGCGCGGGUGCAAACAGCAGCACGUUCUGGUUCAACGAUUCUCAUCUGGGGGAAAUAGACAGCAAAUUCUUGGCGCUUCCAUCAAAAAAGCUAGCAUACCAUCUCACGAUGUGGUACUUUGACAACGCGAGUCCGAGCUACCGAAUCCUCCACCGUCCGCUAGUUUACGAAUGGAUCGAAUGCGGCUUCUACGCCGACCCUUCCCCCUUCGACCUCGACGAGACCAGCCACAGCACGAUCCCGAAACGAACCGCGACAGAGGAAAACGUACGCAACCGCCUGCUCAACGAUCACACAAUCUCGGCCGUCAUGUUUUCAAUCUUUGCAAUGGGUUGUCUUUUCCCCGUCGGCAGUCGGCUCAACGCGCCCGAUCAACGCGCCCUGAUGAGCUACCGCUCAAGACAGUUUUUCCUCAUUGCCCAAAGCGAGCUGCGGCUCGACCCCGGCCCACCAGACAUGCUCAUCAAGCUACAGGCUCAGUUUAACAUGUGUCUCUACUUGCUGACCACUUCACGUGUAAAGGCUGCGUGGAACAUGCUUGUGAGGGUUAAGAAUAUAGCAUCCAAUCUUGAUCUCAACCGUCGCGAUCCGGCCUAUGGAACCGAUCGACCACGGAGAUGGGACCUGCUAGGGCUUGAGCUACGCAAGCGAUGCUUCUGGGCUGCGUAUACUCUAGAGACAUACAUGUGCACCAUGCUGGGCAAGUCGCUGACCUGGGCAGAGGAAGACAUCACGGUCGACCUCCCGGCUGUGGCGCGUUAUUCACUGCUCAAACGGGUCUCGGACUCUGACGGGAAUGCGGCGGCAGAUAUGCUGAGCACAAUGGAUUACGGCGAUAUAAAGUCGGGGCCUAGUUUAUUACACUCGCCUAUCGCGCACGCAAAAAUAUCAAAGAUAAUUCGGACUGCGUUGAGAAAAUUAUACUUCAACCCCAACGUCGACCGCUCGAGUGAAGAGCAAGAGCAGCUUAUUGACAACUUGGCGGCUGAGGUGGUGAAUUGGGAAGAAGAGCUCCCUAGUUUCUUGAGACUGAACGCGCUGUCGUCAAGUAAUGGAUUAAAGCUGCCGUAUGCUCGGCAGAUUGAUGUCAUACAUGUCGUUCAUGCCCAUGCGCUCAUACUAAUCUAUCGGCCAUCGCUCAAUCUCUUUGAACCCGUGAAUAUGGCGGCGAGACAGAAUCAGCAGCGGCCAUAUCAACUAAAAGCAUCAUCGCGCAAACGGGCACAGCAGGAAAAGUGCUUGGACGCGGCCCUGGAGGUUGCAGACAUGGGCGACUUUAGCUCGCUCUCGGGGUCGAAUUGGUAUACCUCCUACGUCGUGUUUUGCUCAAUCACAGUCAUGUUUGUGUAUCUUGCCCAUAAUCCAAAGACCGAACGGCGCAAGGACAUCCUCGAUCGUGCUCGAAAGCUGUGCGAUGUCGAGAUGCGGUUGAGUACACAGAGUGAUAUGGCAAAGAGAUAUGUGAGUGCCUUGAAAGAGCUGUGGAGACAGGUUCGGAGGUAUCUGAGCGGACAGCAGCAGCAGCAGCAGCAGCAGCCGAUGGCAGAGUUACUGAGCGCGUCAAUGUCGGCGCCUAUGCAGCAGGAAUCAAUGGAAGAGCAAGAGUCGUCGGCGCUGGAUUUCUCGGAUCCGUCAUUGCUAUCGCUUGACCACUGGGAUAGCGGGCUGACCCCGCCGGACUUGUUGGCCCAGAUUCCUAGUGUGUCUGAUAUCCCGGCGUUUAGAGAACUACAGCAGGCUGCUCUUGGUUCGUAUUAUACUGAUCCAAGUACGAGUACUAUAGACGACUACAGUUCUAUGAUGCGAGAGGUAGACGCAGGAUCAGGGCCGAUGCUGACGGGGAUCGAUAGGGAGGAUGACUUUAACCGGAUGGUGUUUACGGACAUUCUGGAGAGCCUGGCACAAUCUUUCCAAGGGUUUGAUUCAGCUGCUAGUGUAGGAUUUUCACAGUAAUAAUACAAAUUACAG